CCAGUCCGGGUCACAGGAAGUCCAGUCCGGGCACAGUGAAUCCAGUCCGGGUCACAGGAAGUCCCCACAGGCAGAGCGCGUGGAGUCUGUUGGGGGGGAGUGACGUUUCUGCUGUUCCCGCUUCACGGCAAAAGUGGCGCUGUGCAGUGAUUGCUCUACACUCGAGCCCGCAGCCUGCUUGAAGGCCUCGUCUCACCGCCGGUGUCAGACCAGAGAACAACCCCUAAGACGAGCGGUACAAGCGCAAGGCGCUGUCCUGCAGUGUUGGGGAAGGUGUGACCACUGGUCAAGUUUAGCUGAAAGAGCCGAUCGAUAAAAGGUCCCAUUCGUCUUUCCCAACCGCUCUUCACCUCACGUCCGGUGACCAUGAAUCCGUCUCGCGGCGGGAGAAGCCGCCUGAACCACCGCCACCACCGCCGCCACCACCAGCUGGAAGAGGAGGAGGAGGAAGUCUCGCUCCGCGCCAGCUCCGCCUGCGCCGCAGACGACCUCCUCGGCAGCGGCGGAAAGCCGUCGCCUCCGUUGGCGGCGGGGGAACGGGCUCGCCAGAGUCCAGCGCGGCGCCCGAGCGACUCUCACCGCGCAGCGCUCGGAGAGCAGGCGGCGGCGCGUGAGGCCCGUCUGGAACGCACCGGCAGCAGCGGCGCCGUCGUUCGCAAGCGCUCCGACAGCGCGGGGUGCGGCGUGGGUGUCCAGGAGCUGGCGCCGGAGGCGAGGUGCUCGCGGGGCGGCGGUGGCGAGGAGGACGUGGCCGCCUCGAGACGGAGCGCCGGAGAGAAGGAGGCGCAGCUUCUCCGCAGGCUGAAGUCUGCAUUGGUCGUGUCGGAAGUGGACGGGGCUCAGCUGCGGGCUCGCUGCGAGCGCCUGGAGGACGACCUGAGCGAGAGCGUGAGGACGGGGUUGGCCGCCUGGCACGAGGCGGACAGGCGGGCGGUGCGCUGCCGGCAGCUCCAGCGCGAAGUGCGGCAGCUGCGGGAGUCGCUCGGAGCCCUGCAGGAGGUUGUGAGUGCGGCGAAGAUCCAGGCGUCGGAGUGCCGCAGGGACCUUCACGCGGUGCGGCUGCAGCAGCAGCAGCUGCAGCUGCUGAGGGCGCGGGAACAGGAAAUGAAACAGGAAAUGAAAUCGCAGCUGCAUCAAGCGUCGCAGGAGUUUUUGCUGCAGGAGGCCGAGCGGCACGGGGAGAUGGAGCAGCGCUACAAGUCGGCGCUGGCGGAGCUGCAGGCCGCAUUCUUGUGGACGCGCCAACAGCUGCAGACGGAGCGGCAGGCGCGCCGCCGAGAUGUGGCGUCCCUGGAGUUGCUUCGACGGCACCUUCUCGACCUGUAGGCCCCCAGGUUGACGACUGGUAACGUUGUAAACACGUUAACAUGAAGACGUGUCCUCGGUUGCAGAUCGUUCUAGUUGUGUUACGUGGACAGGUUGGUAAAAUCAAAUGUUUAAUGUUAAUGAGACCUAUUGUAUUCUUGCUUCUUUCAGUAA